GUAAGGAAGGGGUUAUGAAAAAAUGGAAAUAUGUGUGUGCACAUCUCUCCUGUAGCCGUCGACCACACGAGCUGAGUCAUGGCCCCGCCAAAAAUCCUGCUCUGCGGCGACGUCUCCGGCCGUCUGACCCAGCUCUUCAAACGCGUCUCUUCGGUUAAUAAAGUGGCAGGUCCGUUCGACGCACUGCUGUGUGUGGGGCAGUUCUUCCCCAACGCGGCUGAGGAUUUGGAGGAGUUCAAUGGAUAUAUAGAUGGCCGCUCCAAAGUCCCUCUCCCAACGUACUUCAUUGGCGACUAUGGGGUGGGGGCGCAAAAGAUCCUCCUGGCCAGUUCUAAGGAACCGGGGAAUCAAGGCUUUCAGAUGGAAGGGUUGAAAGUAUGCAAUAACUUGUUUUGGUUGAAAGGCAGUGGAAAGUUCAAUCUUCAUGGUCUAUCUGUGGCCUACUUAUCUGGUAGGAAAUCUGAAACUGGUUCUCAAGUGGGCACAUACAGCCAAGAUGAUGUUGAAGCAAUAAGAGCUCUAGCUGAGGAACCAGGAGUCAUGGACAUAUUCCUCACUAAUGAAUGGCCCAGAGGAGUCACAACCAGAGCUUCUGCCUCUGCUAUUCCUCCAGGAAUUUCAGACUCAUCAGGCAGUGAUUCCACAGUGUCUGAACUGGUAGCAGAGAUAAAGCCUCGGUACCACAUUGCUGGAAGUAUGGGUGUAUUCUUUGAUCGUGAACCAUAUGCCAAUGCUAAUGCUGCACAUGUAACUCGAUUUCUAGGCUUAGCUUCUGUUGGAAAUAAAGAUAAACAGAAAUUCAUUCAUGCAAUUUCUCCUACUCCGGCAGCUUCAAUGUCUAAAGUUGAGUUGAGCACAAACCCACCAAAUACUACUUUAUCUCCAUAUGCUGACAAGGCUACCCCAACUGAGGGAUCAACAAAAAGACCCAGUGAUAAUACUCCUGAUUCACAGUAUUGGAGAUAUGAUGCUUCUCAUAAAAGACAAAAACACGGAGACGGUGAUGCUGAUAGGUUGUGCUUUAAGUUUGUCUUAUCUGGAUCUUGUCCACAUGGGAAGAAAUGCCACUUUAGGCAUGAUGAAGAUGCAAUGGAACAGUACAUGAGGGGUGUGUGCUUUGACUUCCUUACCAAAGGGAAAUGUGAUAAAGGUCCAGAUUGCAAAUUCAAGCACACUUUACAAGAUGAAUCUGAUGUACCUCAAUCCAGAGUGGCAAUUUCCAACAGAUCAAGAGAAUGUUGGUUUUGUAUGUCAAGCCCUAAUGUGGAAUCACACCUGAUUGUUAGUAUUGGAGAUUACUACUACUGCGCCCUUGCCAAAGGACCUCUAGUACCGGAUCAUGUGUUGAUUCUGCCUAUUGAGCAUGAACCUAACACCUUGUCUCUACCAUCUGAAUGUGAAGUGGAACUUGAGAGGUUUCAGAACAGUCUCAGGGCUUACUUCAGAAAGAAAGGAAAUGAAGCAGUUUUCUUUGAGUGGGUUUUUAAACGAGGAACUCAUGCCAAUCUCCAGGUGAUUCCUGUCCCAUCAGCCAGGGUGGGAGCAGUGCAAAACAUUUUCUAUUUGGCUGCUAAAAGAUUGGGGAUUGAUUUUACAAUCACCAAAGGAUUCAAAGGGCGGAAACAAUUGCGGACAGAGUUUGAUAAUUCUUCCAGCCUUUUUUAUGUGGAAGUUCCUGGAGAUAUAAUUUUAUCACAUGUUGUUGAGGAGAAUGAAAAUUUCCCUGCUCAGUUUGGGCGUGAGGUUUUGGCUGGCUUAUUGAACAUGGCUGAUAGGGCUGACUGGAGGAAUUGUACAAUUUGCAAAGAGGAAGAGAUUAGAGUGGUUGAAUCUUUCAAGAGUAGAUUUCAAGAAUAUGAUCCCAAUCAAUGAUUUGACAGACGAGGUAUUGAACGGCAACAAUGUUUUCUCAAUUCUAUUUAACAAUUUAAAUGGAACCAUAACAAUCUGAACAACUUUUUGAGGCUUUUUAGCUGAAUGUGACCUGAUGGCCCUCUUAAUUAUGACAUAUACUACAUAUGUUAAAUAUUUCAUGGUGCCUAAGCAAUUCCAGUUGAAAGAGACCAACCACAUGAAAAGGAAUCUUGUUACACAUUUCAUUGCAGAAGCAUCGGUCCAAGGAGCAUCAGUGGAAGAUCUAAAUCACAAUCACUUGUAUACUUUUGUCCAUAAUGAUUUUAAUAUACUCCCUUAAAACAUGGCCAAGUUUGACCGUUAUGAGGAUUAAUAAAGUAAAAGACUGUGGUUGAGGUUUGUGUAGAGGAGAGGAGAGAAUUAACGGGAACUACAAAUUCUUUACAGUUCAAAGUUUAGUGGCACAACAAAAAGCGAAAGUUGACAAAGUUUUAAGGGAUGAAGUGAGUAGUAGAAUUCUUAUGCUAAGACUGAAAUCAAGAAUAUCACAACACGUGUCAUGAAAGCACCAUAGUGAGAGCCCGUAAGAGGCCUUGGUGCUACUAGGAAUCGAGCCUAGGUGGAAAGGGAGAAACUGUUGUGUAUUCUUCCCGUUUUUAUUGAUUGGCUUGAACACUAGAACAAUAUGUUCUCUGUGCAUCUUCACCCAAGUUCAACUCUUCCUGAAGGACCACUCGAGGUUUACCCCAUUGUUAACUUCAGGGUUCGGCAAGACUAUUCAUGCCAAAGGUCCUUGUAAAAAGAAAACAGAACAAUUACAUGUGCACACCUCUUCUUCAACUCAGACAAAUGUGGCCAGCAUGCGAUUUGUUACCACGGAAUGUAACAGGUUCCAUGGGUUGGUUUACCAUUGUGAUACACAUAACAGUUAAGAGUACGAAGGUGAUAGACGGUAAUUAUGGUAUAGUUUUAGGCAUUUUCCAAAACAGGAACAACAGGAACGCUCAUUUUGUAAUUACAGAGGACUAAUAAUCCCUUUGUUAACUUCACUACCUUGUAUUCAUCAGAACUCAGAAGCGCUCUGAUCACCUCAGGAAUAUUCAGAUAACCUUAAGAAUCCAAUUAAGCAAGAUGGCCUUUGGCCUUGUAUGGUUGAUCCAGUGAUGAAAUAUUGAAAUCAGUUUGAAGUUAGAACACACAGGUGAUAGACAAAGUAAUUAUGGUAGCUUUAGGCAGUUUACAAAAUAGGAACAACAUGAACACUUAUUUUGUAAUUGGAAAGAGGACUAAUAAUCCCUUUGUUAACUUCACUACCUUGUAUUCAUCAGAACUCAGAAGCGCUCUAAUCACCUCAGGAAUAUUCAAAUCACCUUAAGAAUCCAGCUGAGCAAGAUGGCCUUUGGCCUUGUUUGAUUGAUCCAGUGAUGAACUCAGUCUGAACACACAGGUGAUAGACAAAUAAUUAUGGUAGCUUUAGGCAUUUUCCAAAAUAGGAACAACAUGAACGCUUAUUUUGUAAUUAGAAAGAGGACUAAUAAUCCCUUUGUUAACUUCACUACAUUGCAUUCAUCAGAACUCAAAAGCGCUCUGAUCACCUCAUAAAUAUUCAGAUCACCUUAAG